AAAAUUUAUCUAUGAUUGAAACCAUAGAAAACAAAGAUGAAAUAAUAAAAAAUUCGAUUAAUUUUAUUUGGAAGACAACAAGUGAAACAGCUAUAGCAGUAAUCUUUAAUAAUGAUCCCUUACUCUCAGCUACCCUUACUCUCAACGACGAAACAUUCAAUACAAUAAACUUGGAUACACCUAGUUGUGCUAUUCAAGCUGAAGAUAUUAAUCUUGAUAGACAACCUAGCGAUAUAUCAUUUGAAAUAGAUAGUAAUGCACAAGAUGAGGAAUUGAGUUUUAAUGUAGAUGAUAAUAUGGUAGAUAAUUCAAUAGAAUAUGAUUAUUCUGUGUCACAACCUCUUGAA